AUGGGCUAUCCUCUUUUCAACGCCUUCCUUCCCCAGUAUCUGUCCCGGGCCGGCGGUGACACCAGCCAGCCGACCUCCAUCGUUUACCGUAAUUAUGCCAUUACCUCCAUCGCCGGUCUUCCCGGAUCCGUCCUCGCCUGUUACACAGUCGACAUCAAAUACGUCGGACGCAAGGGUACAAUGACCAUUGCCACUUUGAUUACCGGAGUCCUGCUCUUCUGCUUCACUGCAUCUACCGAUUCUAAUAUCCAACUCGUCUGUUCCUCGCUGGAGGCUUUCUUCCAGAAUAUCAUGUACGGUGUCCUGUACGCCUACACACCCGAGGUCUUCCCAGCCCCCUACCGCGGUACCGGGUCCGGUAUCUCCAGCUGUCUAAACCGUAUCGCUGGUCUCUGCGCGCCCAUCGUGGCUAUCUACGGCGGAAGCGCGAAUCCCGAUGCGCCCAUUUAUGCCUCUGGUGCAUUGAUCCUCGCCGCGUUCGUGGCGAUGAUCUUCCUCCCCAUCGAGACGAGAGGACGGCAGGCACUGUAA